AGGGCAAGCGUAUCUUCAUGAAGGACAUCAUGCACUACCUCCUCCCUCCAAACGGCAAGCCGGCCAGCAUCGCGCCAUCGUUGAACAGGAUCAAGCGUGGCGUGGGGACCGAGUCGACUGGGGAGACGCCCUUCCCGGCCGUUGGCGCCAACGGCACCAGCAACGGCGCCCAAGCCAACGGCCACCAUCACCAGCAGCUGAACGGCGCCACGAAUGGCCUCCAUGGCCACGCUGCGCUGGACAGCCUCGCACAGGUGACACCCUCCAAGCGGGAGCCGUACCCGUACGACACGGCGCCCGAGCCAGGCAAUCCCACCGUGAUGCCCACGGAGAUCCUCUCCCAGUUCCAUUUUGCCUUCCUGAUCCGCGAUCCGCACCACAGUGUCCCUUCCUAUUACCGCUGUACCAUCCCACCCCUCAGUGACGUGACGGGGUUCCACAACUAUGACCUCUCCGAGGCCGGGUAUGACGAGGUGCGUCGCACCUUCGAUUAUCUGCGUAGCGUGCGUUUGAUCGGUCCGCAUAUCGCGACGCAAGAACGGGACGCCGACGACAUUGACGACCGGCUCCGGCCGGUGACGAACGGGCUCGGACACGAAUCCGGGGCGGAGAUCUGUGUGGUCGACGCCGACGAUAUGCUCCAGAAGCCGGCGCCUAUGAUCGAGGCGUUCUGUCGCAGCGUAGGACUCGAGUACACCCCGGACAUGCUGAACUGGGACACCGCGGAAGACCACCAGUACGCUCGGGAUGCGUUCGAGAAGUGGCGAGGAUUUCACAACGAUGCGAUCGAAUCGAAGGGUCUGGUUGCUAGAAAGCACCCCCAUCCCGUCAAGACCGAAGAAGAAUGGGACGCCGAGUGGCUCAAGAAAUACGGACCCGAGGGCGCCGCCCUGAUCCGUAAAGCCGUCGACGCCAACAUGGCGGAUUACUUGUAUAUGAAGCAAUUCGCCAUGCGUGUGUAGCCGAACCACCCACCCAGAAGCGAACAAGGUGGGAGGUAAGAGGCAAGGGAGGACGAUGAAUUUAAGUAACUGUGCAGGAGCAGAAAAGAGGGGCUAUCCACUCUUUUAACUUGGCUGGUAUGUUGGGUGCCGAAUGCUAGGCAUGAUGAAUCCUUAGCUUUGAUGACGCCAUUUGAUGUGAUGAUGAUCGAUUCCGUUAUGAUUCUUAUUCGUUUUGUCGAGCCUGCGUUACCUAAGGAAGGGAGACUGAAUCAACUACUAGUAGAAUAUUUUCUUA